CAAAGAUAAUGAAGUGGACUUCAAGAAAUUUGCAGCCAAAUAUAAAGAAAUCAAGGCUGAGAGGGACGAACUGCGAAACCAAUUCUUCCAGACUAAAGUUUCAAUGGAAAGCCUUGAGACUCGGCAACACCUGAUGGUUCGAAGGAGUCGAAGCCUCGAGUCACAGGUUGCUGAGUUAGAGAAAAGGAAUCAUCGCCUUUUCACGGAAAAGAAAGAGGCCGAAAAGCUGUAUUUUCAGUCUCUAAAGAACAAUGACAAAUUUUCCAAGAGUAUUCAAACUCUAGACAUGACCCUGGAAUUAUGCAAAAGAAACCAGGAAAAUGUUGAGAGCUUGCAUAUGGAGAGUCAGUCUUUCUGUAGCACUGAUGUUGAUCUAAUGAGCUUUGAGCCAACAGUGGAUGUGGAUGUGGAUGUCCAGUAUUGCACAGAUGAAUGGACUGACUUUAUUGGAGCUGAAGCAACAAUUGCCGAAAACUCUUACGAAAAUUUGCAAUAAAACAAGAAAAUGGAUUUUAAAGGAACAUAAAAAAUUGGUCAUUUAGUUAUGAUUUAUGGAAAUAAUCUCAAAUUUUGAAUACUUGAAAACUGAAAUAUACUGGUAAAGUAUACUGGCUAUUUGGAAAAAAUAUGUGGUAUGUAAACAAUAAGAAUGGAAAACUGUAAAUAUGUAUAUACAUUGUAUGUAUUUUUGUACAUUUGCAUUUUGUUCAUAAAUCAAUUUUGUAUUCUUGUAACAUUCUUGCCUUCCAUUUAUCACUUAAAGCUAGAAAUAAUUACCUGCCAAAUGCACUGCGCU